AGACGAUAUAGAGAGACAUAAAUUAUUAAAGAUUUAAAGAAAGGAAGAAAAGUAUGUUUAAACUCUGUCUCGUUCUCGUCUUGCUUAUUGCAAUAGACGCAAGUCUGGUUAACUCCAGCUAUUGUAGCUGCUCGGGGAACAUAUCAGCGAGCGAUGUUGAUCGAGUCCAUUUCGCAAUGAACUUGGAGUUCAUGGAGGCCGAGUUCUUCUUAAAAGGGUCUACCGGAAAAGGACUCGAUGCGUUUAACGAGACGCUUGCUCAAGGUGGACCACCUCCCGUAGGGGCAAAGAAAGCAAAUCUUGACCCUAUAACUAAUCGAAUCAUCGAGGAGUUUGGUUAUCAAGAAAUUGGUCAUCUUAGGGCUAUAGCAGAUAUGACCGGAGGAAUACCGCGUCCGUUGUUGAAUCUGACGAGAGAGAACUUUGCAGAGUUCAUGGACAGAGCGGUUGGACGGAGAUCAAACCCGCGGUUCGACCCUUAUGCCAACUCACGCAACUAUCUCUUAGCUUCGUACUAUAUCCCUUACGUUGGUCUUACCGGUUACGUCGGAACCAUCCCUUACCUUGUAUACUUCAAUAUCAAACAGCUUGUGGCGGGUCUAUUGGGGGUGGAAUCGGGUCAAGACGGAGUGAUAAGGACGAUGCUGUACGAGAGACAGUACGAGAUGGUGGAGGAAUACGGGGGAGUCACGGUGGCUGAGCUGACCAACGAGAUAUCUAACCUCCGUAACGAGCUCGGUAUGUGCGGGAUAAAGGAUGAAGGCCUGUGCGUGCCGCUGUGGCUAGGUGCGGAGAAUCGCACCACCAGCAACAUCCUCUCCGCCGAUCCUUACUCUCUCUCUUAUGACCGGACACCGCAAGAGAUCCUAAGGGUUAUGUACGGCACCGGCGAUGAGCAUCGGCCCGGUGGGUUUUGGCCGUGUGGUGCCAACGGGAGAAUCGCUAGGAUGUUUCUCGAUGGUGGGUCUUAUGGAGAUGGCGUUGUAUGCUCUUCAGAUGAAAAUUAAAUGUUUUAGUUGAUAUAUAUAUUAAGAUUGUAAUAUUAUUCUCAUUAAGGUGAUACGGAUGAUUACUACUACUAAUUAUUCCAUGUAUCUUAUUGCUAUCUGUGUUUAAUCUAUAAUUAAUAAAAUAAAAUAAAAAGGCAAA